UUUUAAUGAAUAUAUUAUUGAAAUGGAAGAAUUAGAAUAUGGUAAAAUGCUUAGCAUGGAUAUGCAAAAUUUUGAAAUUAAUAAUCCUAAUAUUGAUAGUGAAAAGGAUAUAAGAAUUGAAGAUUCUAUAGUAGUGGUAGAAGAUACAAAUUUAGAAACUUCUACUAGAUAUUCUGCAGAUGUGUGA